UUUUUGUUUAAUAAUAAUAAAUUACAAAUUUUAAGAAAUAUAUUAAAUGCUAUUUAUAGAAAAAAAUAAAAAUUUUAUACAAAAAAAUAAAAUGCAAGACCUCCAUUUGAUUUUUGUCUUAGGCCAUAAAUUUUCUUGAGCCGCCCCUGAUGCUGAUGAUGUCAUUCUAUGCUUAAUAAAAAUAUAAAAAACUAAAAAGUUACUUACAUUCAGCUGACAAAAUAUUUCAUGUAUGCUAAGACAUACUAUAUGCUUGAUUAGAAUAGCGUUUGGUUAUAAAUUUAGUAGUAGAUUUAAAAAAAAAUUCUUUAAAUAUUUGUUUGAUCAUGAAAAAUUAAUCAAAUUUUAAAAGCAUAAAUCAAAUAAAUUUUUAAUGGAUCAAAAAAUUGGAUGAAUUCUUUUUAAUGGAUCAAAAAAAAAUUAAAAAGAAAAUUAAUUUUUUUUAAAAUAAUAAUUAAAAAAAUGGUGUGACCCUCUAAUAAGCUGCCACAUGACAAGGCUGAUUUUAAAAACCGGCUGUUAAAAAGUAAUUGCAUGAAUAAGCUAGUUUUGCAACGGCGAUGGCAUAAAUGAACUCAACUUUUAACGGAUGACAUAAAUGAGCCAUUUCUGAUAGUUCAGUGGCAUAUUUGAGCCUUUUCCUAUUAAAAAAUUAAAAUAUUUUUGUUUUGCAAAUUAAAGAUAGUCUUGAUAAUUAAGUCAUAGUAUUAUUCACUGUAUGGGACAAAAACUUUUCCUUUUUUAAGAAAAAAAAUACUCCACUAUUUGUUUCCUAAGCUGGAGAUUUAUUAUUUGUUUAUUGAUUAGUGCACAAUGUAUUAGUUGCCGACAGCUAAUAUGUACAUAAAAAAUUGUGAUUGUUACAGCAAAUUGGCCAAGUGUUUUCUUUAAUAUAUCAAUAGCUAUAUCUCUACAUAAUUCCAUAAAUGAGAUGUGAGAAAAAUCAAGUGUAUGAAGAUAUUGGUCCUAGAUCGUUUUCGAAGACCCUUGCUUAAAUGUAAUUAAAAAAAAAAAAAUUAGUUAUAAAAAAUAGAAAACAAUAUGACAACUAAUAAAGAAAGCAAAAUAUAGCAUUAAUAAAAAGUACAUGACAACAAAAAUAUUAUAAUUAUAAUCAUCUUUUAAUGACUAUCUAUCUACAAAAUAUAAUUGAUGUGUUGUUUCAUUCAACAAUACUUGAAGUUAUCAUCCCAAUUUAUCAGAAGCCAACACUUUGUUAUCAAUAUAAAAAUUAAUACCAUCUAAGUCACUCGGAGAGUGAUUUUGAAGUUGUAUGAUCUUCCAUUGAAAGCUUUCAGGUCAUAAGUGCAAAGGAAAGAAACGAGAAUACAGUAGAUAUGGCUCAUGCAAGUGUGGCUUCUCUUAUGAGAACAAUAGAAUCGCUCUUGACAUCCAAUUCGCCUAUGCAAUCUCUAAUAUGUGAUCACAGAGAAGAACUUUGCGCUCUUCGUGAAAAAGUUAGUUCCCUGGAAGUAUUUGUCAAGAACUUUGAGAAAAACAAUGUUUUUGGAGAAAUUACAGAUUUUGAAGUAGAGAUAAAAGAAGUUGCAAGUGCUGUUGAAUACACAAUUCAACUGAGACUAACAGAAACUGUACUGGGAGAAGAGAAAAGCAUCAUAGGAAUCAUUGGCUCAAGAUUUUUCAAAGGAAUCUCGAAUAUAUGGACACGCCAAAAGUUUCGUAAAUGCCUUCAACAAUUAGCAAAGGACAUUGAUCAUGUCUGGAAAGAGUUAACAAAGAUUCAAGAUAAAGGCAAACAAGUAUCAAAGGAAUCAUUGGUUCAUGAUUUUUCAAGUUCAGCAAAUGAUAUUGUUAAUGUUAACAAUAAUAUGGUUGGACGUGAUGAUCAAAAGGAACGCUUGUUAGAAGAUCUGAAAGGAAGCUACUCUGGUGAACCCAAAGUCAUCCCGAUUGUCGGGAUGGGAGGCAUAGGUAAAACAACCUUAGCGAAAGAAGUUUACAAUCAUGAAUCAAUUCUACGCCGUUUUGAUGUUCGUGCCUGGGCUACGGUAUCUCAACAGCACAACAUAAAGGAAAUUUUGCUGAGCCUCCUGCAAUUGAUUAUGGAUGACACGGUUAAGUCUAAAGGUGAAGCAGAGCUAGCAGACAUGCUGCAGAAAAGUUUAAAGAGAAAGAGGUACUUUAUUGUCUUGGAUGAUAUUUGGAGUUGUGAAGUGUGGGAUGGCGUGAGACGAUGCUUGCCAACUGAAGACAAUGCAGGGAGUCGAAUAUUGUUGACUACCCGUAACGAUGAGGUAGCUUGUUAUGCUGGUAUAGAGAGUCUUUCUUUGCGGAUGAGCUUCAUGGAUCAAUAUGAGAGUUGGAAUCUUUUCAAAAGUGCAGCAUUUUCAAGUGAAGCAUUACCAUAUGAGUUCGAGACUGUUGGAAAGCAAAUCGCAGCUGAAUGUCACGGGUUACCACUAACUAUUGUCGUGGUUGCUGGACUUCUCAAAUCUAAAAGGGAAAUAGAAGAUUGGAGAAGUGUUGCGAAAGAUGUCAAGUCAUUUGUCACAAAUGAUCCUGAUGAACGAUGUUCACGUGUGCUUAGAUUGAGUUACAAUCACUUGACUAGCGAUCUAAAAGCAUGUCUUCUGCAUUUCGGGAUUUUUCCAGAAGACAGUGAUAUUCCAGUGAAGAAAUUGAUGAGAUCAUGGAUGGCUGAGGGGUUCCUGAAGUUGGAAAAUGAUUUGGAAGGAGAGGCUGAGAAGUGUUUGCAAGAGCUUGUCGAUAGAUGUCUAAUCCUCGUCUGCAAGAAAAGUUUAGAUGGAACAAAAAUUAGAUCAUGUAAGGUUCAUGAUCUAAUAUAUGACCUGUGCGUUAGAGAAAUUCAAAGGGAGAACAUAUUUAUCAUGAACGACAUUGUGCUUGUUUACUCAUAUUCAGAAUGUCGAUAUCUCACUAUGCAAAAAAUGCAGCCCUUUAAACGCGUGACUGGUGAUUAUUGUCCCUUUGGUUUUUAUAGGGUUCUUCUUACCCCUGUACAUCGUCAGUUGAGACAUUUCUCUUUUGGUCUCAACAACAACGAUCUUUUGAAACGAACCCAUUCUAUUUUCUCUUUUGGUCUUAAUGUUCCAAUUUAUGUUCUCAAACCAGAGCUUAUUCAUUUCAAAUUACUCAAAGUUUUGGAGUUGAGACAUGAAGAGAUUGAUAAUUUCCCUCUACAGAUACUAAGCCUCAUUUGGUUGAGGUACCUAUCAUUGUUCUGCCUUGAGAAUUUAGACAUACCUCCAGUAAUUUGUAGGUUAUGGAAUCUGCAGACAUUCAUUGUUCGAGGGCCUAUGCAAUCAGUUAAAAUAACUUUUCCUGAGGAAAUUUGGGGACUAAUGCAAUUAAGGCAUCUGAAACUGCCCGAAUUUUAUCUGCCAAAUCCCCCAAGCAUAUCUGCGGACAAAGGGAGUCACAUGGGUUUUUCAAACAUACAAACUAUUUCUUACUUGUCUUCGGAUUGUUGCACGAACGAGGUUAUUUUGGGUAUUCAGAAUGUCAAAGAAUUAGGAAUCCGUGGAUAUGAGACUGUCUCUAUGAGUAUUCGGGACUCUGGGAUUCUCAACAAUCUUGUCCAUCUGCAGCAACUUGAAACAUUGAGUUUGAUAUUUUUCUUUUCCCAUUUUCCAGCAAGUGCAAAAGCUUUUCCAGCAAUGCUCAAGAAGCUGAAGUUGGGAGACACUUAUAUAAGUUGGUCGUACUUGGACAUCAUAGCUGAGUUGCCUAACCUUGAGGUGCUGAAGCUGAUGAAUGCUGCUUGUUGUGGUGAAGAAUGGCGUCCAAAUGUUAAGGGAUUUACUCGAUUGAAGCUUUUGUCAAUUGAAGAUAAUGACGUCAAGUUCUGGAAAGCCACAAAUGACAAUUUUCCUGUCCUUGAGCGCCUCGUGCUUAAAGAAUGCAGUAGUUUAAAAGAGAUACCCAUUGAGUUUGCAGAAAUCCACACACUACAACUGAUUGAGUUAUCAAGGUGUCUUCCCGAACUUGGGGAAUCUGCUGCAAGAAUUCAACAAGAACAAGAAGAGCUCGGAAACAACCCCGUGGACGUUCGUAUCUCUGAUUUACGUAAGUAUAUAGCAUUUAUCAGGGGUCACACUCUGUUUCUCGUUUAUACAAGUCAAAUCGUACACAAAAGUUAUUUAGCUUUGCCCCAUAUUCUUUCACAAAAAUAACCUUGACAAAAUUUGGUUAAAAUAUAGGAGAAAUUAACA